AUGCACAAGAUCUUCGACCUGCCCUGUGUAGAGAAGCAUGUUGAUCACCAAAGCCUUUUAAGGUCUAUCCCUGCUACAAACAAGCAAUUCAACUUAGCACUGUGGCAUUUCAACUACUCAGAGCAGUCCAAGUUUGGUGAACGGGGGAGGUUCCCUACAAAUUUGCAAUACAAAGCUCACUUUGGCUCAUUCUUGCAAAAUGGAUAUGAGCCGACCCGUGAAGCAGUCGACGUCCGGUUCAAAGAGAACCCCCUACGUGGUGUGGGUGAUGAUGACUCCAUUCACCCCUUUUCAGUGCUGUUCAUCGAUGGCCAAAACAAACUGCUCAUUAUGCAAAGCACUCUGGCCCUGCUUGAAUGCAUUGAUAUCACUCCAGAAGAGCUGGAAGAGGACGAGCACAUUUGCAGGGUCAUUGCGUCAUUCAAAUACAUCCGAUGCAACUUCAAGAAGCUAGCAAGGCCUGAGGACUAUGUUUAUGAGUCCUUGGGAUUGGCAAACCGGACUGCAGAGAAAACGAAGCCUUCUUGUCUGGACUAUGUGCUCUUUUUUUCAGAAGCUGUGCGGCUGAAGAAAGAAUCGGAACCUCACAAGUCCUUGAGGGAUUGCUUGUGGGCUGCAAUUCAGGAAUACAACAAGAAAAAUCCCAAGAACUUCAGAGUCAGCGACACCAUGCGGAAACUGACCUACAACUUGAUGCGCUGCCCAGCUGAAUUGCUGGACAUGCUCGGUGAGAUGUACGAAAACGCAAAGCCAGAGAUUGCAGCUUUAUCGAUUGAGAAUCUUGAUGGCGACUAUUUUGUCCCUGGCUCAUGCCCAGACCACUGCGAAGGAGUCUGGAAGGAAGCCCAGAAGCUGGCACAACGGGACACUGCAUCUUUGGCUGAGCUGCUGAACAUUGCCACAUUGUUCACAUGGCUGAAGCCGAAGAUGGACCUCCAGCUGGGAGCUGACUCCACAGUGCUCAAAUCCAUCAUGGAGAUGGUUUUGGAUCCUGAGCUCAAAGCGCACAUCAAGGGUGCUGAUGCCAACUUUGACCUGUCAAAGCUGGCAUUCUUCCAGGAGGCCAAGGGUAAAAUGCACCAAACAGCUUGGAAUUUGGUGUCGAGCUUUGCAGCAGAGACUUUGCCAACGUGGAAUGCAACGCCCAAGAAGGUCCAAGGUGUGGAGCAGUAUGACAGCCUUGGAGCCUCCACAAUCAGUGGAAAAGUGCUACCUUGGAUGCAGAAAACAUUUCAGGGAAUGGGAUGUGGGUUGCGGCGAUUUGACAAAGAGCGACUCUUUGCCUUCAUUAACUGCGUGGCAGCUGGAAUCCUGACGGCACCGAAGAUUUUGUAUACAGUGGAAACUGUGACCCAACUUGCACACAACUGCCCUCGCACAUUUGUGGCCGUGGUGCUGUUGCCCAAUCGGGCCGGUGACCUUCGCACAGCUUUGAAGAAACUCAGACUCAUGGAGCAAUUUUUUGUUUAA